AUGGAAUCCUUUCAGAGGCCACAAGCCUCCCUUUUCCAGGUCUACCUUCGCUUGCGGCCGCCCAUCAGCCACACUCCCGACUCACAGCAGCAAAGGUCGGACUUCUUAGUUGUUGAACCGGUAGCGGAGAUUGCAGGCAGCAAUGGGUCCGAAGACACAAACAAAUGGCCCACCCACAUUACGGUCCAGCCUCCAAACGACUCGAGAAAACGCGCGAUCGAGAAGUUUGCGUUUACGAAGGUUUUCGAAGAACACGCCACCCAGUUGGAUGUAUUCGAGCAAUCUGGAAUGGUCUCGCUGAUUGAUGGAGUCUUGAAUGACAGCCGCGAUGGGCUUGUUGCGACUCUUGGGGCCUCUGGGAGCGGGAAGUCACAUACAAUUCUCGGCUCAAAAUCGCAGCGCGGUAUUACUCAGAUGUCCCUUGAUAUUCUAUUCAACUCUCUCGCAUCGUCAAUCCAAUCCCCAGAUCACCCGAAAUACUCUACGUUCAUGCAGUCCCUAGCUACUUCAGAUCCCUCCGAAGCCCAAGUGUAUUCCGCAAAAUCUUUCAUUGAUGCAAUUUAUGGAGAUUUAAAUGCAGAUCGAGGACGUAACUCGAGGGCACAGACUCCACUAUCCUCCUCAAGAGCUCAAACGCCACUGGUAUGCAAUCCACUUCAGUCCCUGUCUUCCAGUCCACCCAAUAUAUCCUCCAUUGGACUAUAUUCUUCAGUUCCCACACCGCUGUUUGGAAAUAUCGACUCAGGCAUUGCCUCAUGUGCGCCCACUAUCCGGCUCGUAAACGGCUUCAAUCUAGCCGCCGAUAGUGUGCCCAGUUGGCUAGCACCCAAAAAUAUUACCCUUCCCUCCCAGUUACCGUUUUGGAGAACUCAUAGAAUUCAUUUUACUAAAAAUUGGCAUCAUUUAAAGGAAACCCCAACUACGUCGACAUUCCCCCGCCGUAACCUCGCCCCACGAUCUAGUGCUUUUCUUCAAACCCCCGAUGUCGCCGACUAUGUGGUUGAUGUAGGCCCAGAUGAAGAAUAUGCCGUCCUAAUAUCCAUGUACGAAGUAUAUAACGACCGUAUUUUCGACCUACUCUCUCCCGCCGGUGGCGUUUCCAAGCAAGCAAAUAGUAAUCAGAAAGAUCGCCGCCGGGCACUUAUGUUCAAGUCCACUGAAGGAUCAACUGACCGAAAAGUCGUAGCAGGUCUACGAAAGGUAGUUUGCAGUACAUACGAAGAGGCACUGACUGUUCUAGAGAUUGGACUUACAGAAAGAAAAGUCACCGGGACAGGGAAUAACAGCGUGAGCUCUCGAAGUCACGGAUUUUUCUGUGUUGAAGUGAAGAGAAAAGUCUGGGAUAGUAGAUUUAAUGAUGAAUUCUGGGUCGGCAAUACCUUAACCAUUGCAGACCUUGCCGGUUCUGAACGUGCCAGAAAUGCAAAAACUGCCGGAGCAACGCUUGCAGAGGGAGGUAAAAUUAACGAAAGUCUUAUGUACCUAGGCCAGUGUUUGCAGAUGCAGACGGAUUUGCAGGCCGGCAACAAGACACUUGUUCCUUUCCGGCAAUGCAAGCUUACCGAACUCCUAUUCUCGAAUUCUUUCCCCUCUUCGGGUCAUGCGGCCAGUUCCAUACAUAGAAACCCCCAGAAAGGAGUGAUGAUAGUAACGGCCGACCCAUUGGGCGACUUCAACACUACUUCUCAAAUUUUAAGAUACUCUGCCUUGGCUAGGGAAGUUACCGUUCCUAGGGUGCCAUCCGUGUCCAAUAUAUCGAUACCUCCCAUGAAACCUGCUCAUGCUGGAAAAUCUGCUUUCCUAUCAGCUUCAGCGGAGGAGUUAGAACGAGCAGCCCUUGAGAUUGCAAAGUUGGCAGAUGAUUAUGAUGCACUAGCAAUAAGGUUAGCAGAAGAGGAGUUCGCACGACAAGAGGCUGAAAUCAAAUGGAAGGCAGCAGAAGAGCAAUGUUUACUUCUCGACCAGGAGAUCCGAGAAGAGUGUUUUGCAGAAAUGGAGGAGCGGAUGGAAAGAGAAAAAAGAAGAUGGCAGCAAGCAUGGGAUGAGCAGGCUCUUCGACAUGAGGACCACCUUGAUAAGAAGCUAGAUAUUCUUUCACGAGGAGUGCAAAUUCAUGAGGAUCCCACCCCAUCUACCGAGGAGAUUAUUGACGACCUUGAACGCGAGAAUGAAGUGCUCAGGAACAGAAUUGCAGCCCUUGAGCGUGCGCUGAAUGCUAGCUCGCCUACCAAGAAACCAACAACGAAAACCAAGAAAAAUACUAUUCCUGGUCGUUUUGACUCGUCGGACUAUAACUUUAUUCAUGCGGACGAUAUAGCGGAAAGAGAUACCAUAGCAGCAAAUAAGAAAUUAGGUACUUUAAGGGUUGAUGAGAACUCGAAGCCGAUACCCUUGGCGCUGAGCAAGGCUAAGACUACGGGUAGAAAGAUGAGAAAACUAACCACGAGGCAAUUGGAUUUUGGCCCUGAAUCAAUGUUUGAAAAUUAG